CGACACCUUGACAGUUCAGAACGUCAACUGAUGAAGUAGCGUUGAGAGUUCAGAACGUCAACGGCAAAACCGUUUCCGUUCUCGUUUAAAAUUUUGCCAAACCAACGUGAACGGCUACAGCCCUAAUCUUGAGUGACAGAUUCAAGAAUCCAAGAUCUUGAAACAUCUGGCUUACUCCACUCAAGAUCUUGAAAUUUCUUAACCCAAGAUCUUGGAUGAAGUAAGCCAGGAUGUUUAAAGAUCUUGGGUGAAAGAUUCAAGAAUCCAGGAUCUUGUGGCAUUUCUUAUCCCAAGAUCGUCAGUACAAGAAGUUUCACCAGGGUAUAUUUCGAAACUAUUUUGUGGAUUUUCUAUCUUUGACCACUUACUGCGUGACAAGGCUAGAUGUGGAGAUGAAGCAAAUCGCGAAGUAGUGGACAGAAUUACGAAGCAUUUGAUUAAGAAAUAGUCCACUAAGUAAGUCGUGCAAUGUAAUGGUAUUGUUUUUCCUGAUAUCGUUCUAGCUGCAUUAUAUUGCAGACAUCUGUCUACGGUCAGUCUGCUGAUCAUUAUGAUUCAACGUCAGAGGACCGAGUGAAUCAAAGAUGCGCGUUACUUGUUCUUUUCGUUUCUUUCUAUUCUUCAUUACCAUAAAGAUAGUGAGGCGAAAACAAGAAAUAUGCCGAAGACUUCUUCGAAGUUGAAACGUCAUGAAAUAAAUCAAGAAAACGGAAAGAAACGAUUUCAUUCAGCUAACUUCAAAAUGACCUUCCUUAAACGCAAUCAAAUUUUUUUUUGAUAGUUAUAUAGAAUAUUCUGAGGUUAUACAUAUGAAAUGCCUCAAUACCUGAGAAUAGGAUCUUUGACAGAGGUGUGUAAACUAACACCUUCAGUUAAGGAUAAUUGAAUCGAACUUGCAUGUUAUCUGCAUAUAAAAGUUUUCAAUUUUAAUCAGCAGAUUCAUUUUAGAGAAUAGUUGUAGUCCCAAAACUACAUGAAAUUAUCCCUCUUCUUUCUCAGUAAGAUCUGCGUUUCUACAUGUAACAGAGAGAUUUUACAGAAAAAAAUCGAUUUAGUAACUUAGUGACUCGAUGGGCUUUUGAGCUGUUCUUCGUUCAGAUUUUAUAAAAUACUGUCAUGUAUUUUAUAGUACUUGGCUGUGUAUCCUUUGUAUGUGGCUAUUUGCAACAAGUCUGUUUUACUUUGUCAUCGGAGAGACAGACAGCUCGAAUACGUAAAAAGCUCUUUCGAUCUAUACUGGAUAAAGUUUGUAUGACUACUGUAAUGUUUUGUACUCACAUAACAAUUAUUUGAGUUUAGAAUAUUGAAUAUUUUGAUGUAAACAAAGUGGGUGAAUUAAAUACAGUACUAUUUGAGUAAGUCUACACUAGUUAACCGAUCCACUCUUUUCUUAUUUUUCUUCUAAAGUCACAUCAAUAAAGUAAACGAUGGUAUUGGUCCAAGAUUGGGUUUAAUUAUUAUGAAUGUUUCUUUGUUAAUAGCGGGUAUUGUUGUAGCAUUCACAGUUAAUUGGAAAUUAUCUUUAGUAAUUUUAACAAUUUCACCAAUAAUAUUUAUUGCCACCAUCAUUGGUGCAAAAAUUGUAAGUCUCUCGAUAAUGAGAGAAUUGGCAGCCUAUUCUAAAGCUGAUUAUGUUGCUCAAGAAGUCUUUGGUGCAGUUCGAACUGUAUUUGCCUUUAAUGGACAAGAAUAUGAACAGCAACGCUAUACUCUACCCCACUUUCAAAUAGUUUCUGAAGCUUGUGGUGCUGUUCAGCGAGUUUUGCAAAUUAUUGACCAUAAUACGUCAAAUGAGCAAAAAAAUGAAAAGAGAGAUGAAAAUCCUGAUAUAGAAGGAGAUAUUGAAUUUGAUAAUGUUCAUUUUUCUUAUCCAGCAAGACAAGACACAAAAAUAUUAGAUGGACUAAGUUUUUCAAUUAAAACCGGUGAAACAGUUGCGUUAUGUGGUCAGAGUGGUUCUGGUAAAAGCACCAUUAUGCAUCUUCUACUGAGAUUUUAUGAACUUGAAACAAGCAAUUCGUCAUCAGGCUCUAUUCGAAUUGGUAACCACUUACUGAAAGAGUACAAUUUAGAACGGUUAAGAAAACAGAUUGGUGUUGUCGGUCAGGAACCGGUUCUGUUCAGUACGACGAUUUAUGAGAACAUUCAAUAUGGAAAAGAAAAUGCAACAAGAGAAGAAAUUGAGGAUGCAGCUAAACAAGCAAAUGCGCACGAAUUUAUCAUGAAACUGCCAGACAGAUAUCAAACGCUAGUUGGAGAACGAGGAAUACAGUUGUCUGGAGGUGAAAAACAACGAGUUGCCAUCGCACGUGCUCUUAUUAAUCAGCCGAAAUUGUUGCUGUUGGAUGAAGCGACAAGUGCAUUAGAUAAUGAAAGUGAAAGACUUGUUCAAGAUGCGUUACAUCGUGCAUGCAAAGGUCGAACAACGAUUAUAAUCGCUCAUCGUCUGUCAACAAUAAGAAACGUUGACCGAAUCUAUGUUCUUCACAAAGGGCGAACUAUUGAGCAGGGCAAUCAUGAAACACUGAUUGGAAGUCGAGGGUAUUAUUAUUCAAUAAUUCAGAUACAACAGCAACCAGAUGUCGAUAGCGAUGGACAGCAGCAGGAAGAAGAGGAAAUGGAAGAGGAAGAAGAAGAAUGCGAAGAUAACUCCCGAAAAAGUAUAGUAAUUUUUAUGAAUUAUCGUGAAUAA